AUGGAAAAGAAGACAACCCCUGUUGAUGUCAUGCUUCAUGACCUAAAGAAACAACAGAUAGAGGAGAACAGGAAAUUACUUUGUCCCAUUAUCAAUGCUAUUGUUCUUUGUGGAAGGCUGAAUAUCCCACUUCGAGGUCACAGGUAUGACUCUCAGUAUUACCUUUCCGAUGACGUAAAUCCUGGUAAUUUUAUAGAAAUCUUAAAGUAUGGCGUGACUUGCACUGGGCAGUCUUUGGAAGAAUACUUCAAGAGCACCCCAAAGAAUAUAACGUAUAAGUCGAAAACAACUCAAAACGAAAUAAUUGACAUUUGCGAUGAUUUAAUUACUCAAAAGAUCACUAAUGAGAUUAGAGAAGCUAAAUUUUUUUCUAUAUUGGCAGAUGAAGCAUCAGAUUGCGGAAACGUUGAACAGCUUAGCAUCGUUGUUCAGUUUGUCGACAAGAAACAUCACAUAAGAGAAGAGUUCCUUGGCUUUGUUCCAUGUAAGACAAGUGUGUCGGGAGAAGCACUAGCUAAUACGUUUCAAGAGUUUCUAGGUGAUCGUAAUUUGUCUAUUGACGACUGUCGUGGUCAAGGUUACGAUGGAGCUGGAAACAAGGCUGGAAGAAUAUCUGGAGUAGCAGCAUGA